AUGUACCCACGUGCGUACUGCGCCCGUGAGCGGGCAAAGACGUCGACCAUGGAUGUGGACUUGCGGCAGUGGGCAGCAAACAACAAGGUGGACGAGGCCAAGGUCUUCCCUCUGUUUGACUCGGCUGAGGCGGCCGAGGCUGCCGCUUUGGAGAGUCUCAAGUCGUCAUCGAAUGCCCUGUCGGAUGGAAGCAUGGUAUGUGAUCAAGAGAUGGAAGAGGCUGAUGUGGUAGAAGCCCGGAUGGCGGCGUACUUUGAGCUCAAAGCUGCAGUAGCAGCUGCGCCAGCUCGCUCGCCGACGGGCUUGCUGCUGCCGAUGCCAGGCCCGCGGAUGCUGCUUCGUUUUCUUCGAGCGCGCAAGUUUGAUGUCGACAAGGCGCUGGAGAUGCUGGAGGAGGCUCGAGAGUGGCGGGCGGCGGAAGAGGCUCAGGUCAUGCUCGACUUUGAGGAUCCAAACGACGACGUGUACGACGAGAUUACGCCGGCCAUGUAUCACGGCUUUGAUCGGAGCGGGAACCCGUGCUACUGGGAGCGGACCGGCCACAUCCGUAUCCGCAAGGUCUUGCACGUUCUCUCGGACAAACAGCUCAUUGCCCGGCAUAUUCGCCAUCAGGAGAAGCAGCGCAUCCGCAUGAUGGGCUUCCGCGACGAGUUCCACUGGCGUGAGUUCCUCCGCGACGUUGCCACCGGCGCCCCGCUCGACGGCUACCCACCACACGUCGACAGCGCCGGCUUUGAGCCGCUCAUCGAGAAGCAAACCAUCGUCAUGGACAUGGCGGGGCUCUCCAUGCGGCCUGACAAGCGCGGGCUCGACAUCUUCCGCGAGACGCUCCGCAUCGACGCCAACUACUACCCGAGACGCUUGUACUGGAUUGAUGCCAACACCAGGCUCAAGUUCCACAUCCUCGGCUCCAACUACAUCGACGAGCUCGCCAAGUUUAUUGCGCCCGAGAACAUCCCGCGCGAGUACGGCGGCCUCUGUGACUGCUACGGCCCAUCGGACCGAGCCUCCGACCCGCACUGCUUUCCGCCGGUCUCGGUUUGGACCGAGCCCGACCGGUUUGACAUCGGACCAGCCGCCGAGGGCUGGUCCCCCUCGUUCCCGCACGGCCGCUCCACCUCGCUCAUCGAUGAGCGGGCCCGUCUCCGCCGGCCGCCGGCAGCUCUCGGCCUCGCUCCUGCCGUGCCGCCGGCUGCAUCGCUGUCAGCCUCGGAAGUCGAGCUCGGCCAUGCAGACACGGCCAGCUCGUCAGGCGCGGGCAAGAAGCAGCGCAAGCGACGGCACAAGAAGCGCCAUAAGGCCGGCAAACGCAAGACUACAGGCCGUGCACGCUCAUCACGGACCGCCACCCGCCGCCGAUCGCGGACCCGCGCCCUUUCUCCCAAGCCGCGCAAUGCAUCGCAGUCGUCGUCGUGGUUCUCGUCGGACGACGAUGCGGUCACCGUCUACUUUGACGCCGUCUCCAGCCUGUAG